GUCACUUUCCUUAAUGGAGGAAUUUGUUUUAUGCCACCAGAGUUGACCAAGCAAAUCGGAUUGUACCUUCCGUAUUCGGGAUUGUACGUUAAUCUGGUAAUAAGGAAUUUCUUAUUGGAAAUAUUGAGUUUAUGGGUAAAUCAAUAAAAUACAUGCGAACGCGACCGAUUGUGGAUUUGUAACAGAGCCCCCAUCACUUUCUCGCUCUAUCGUUCUCUCUCUAGAUUCUCUCUCUGUGUCGAUGCUGAAACAAAGCUCUGUGACAAAAACCCAACAAAUUACAGGCGGUAAGCAACCGAUCAUCUUGGAACUCUGUGGCUAAGCUAUUUGGGAAUUGAUCGGCCAAAGUAUAUAACACUCGUUUUGGAACUUGCAAAAUGUCAAAUGGUGAAGUUAGGAAAGUCUCACUACAGGACAUACAAUUGGUUCAGAACCUUAUAGAAAGAUGCCUUCAGCUUUACAUGAGCGAGAGGGAAGUUGUGAAUACAUUGUUACACCAGGCAAAAAUUGAGCCCGGCUUCACCGAACUUGUGUGGCAAAAACUUGAAGCAGAAAAUCAGGAAUUUUUUCGGGCGUAUCACCUGAGGCUGAUUGUGAAGGACCAGAUAUUAAGAUUCAAUCAAUUGCUCGAGAGGCAGGUUGAGCUAAUGCGCCAAGUAUGUCAGACAGGAGUCGCUUCCAUGUCUUUGUCAAAUGGAUCUCAGAUGCAUUCAACAGUCCACAACAACUCGGCUUAUCAGGUUCAACAGCCUGCUGGACCACCUAUAAAGCCGGAAAACAUGCACCAAGCCAUUACAUUACCUAACGUCUACACUAACGGUGCGUCCACCCUGCAACCUAGCGUGCAAGUUCCAGUCAACAUGUCCGGUCAUGCUGGUCGGAUUGACGUGCCAGAAAACAUGCUAUUAGCUCAGAAUUCCAACACGGGAAUCGUGCAAGGAAUGAACGGGGUGAUGAUUAAAUCAGAGGGCGGCUUUGCAGGCGACUCCCACUUUAUGUUUGGUGCAGACAACAAUCUCAUAGAACCUCGAAACGCGAUUGGAGAAGCGUCCGUUUCUCCUUUCGCUGGUGGUGAGCCGGGUUCACAAGCACUGGAUGAGUCCAUGUUGGACCAGGAGACAGCCUCAUUUGGAUUUCUGGGACAGAUACCGCGAAACUUCAGCCUUUCAGAUUUGACAGCUGAUUUCUCCAAUAGCACAGAUAUUCUAGAGAGCUACUCUAGAUCGCCGUUUCUGGGAACGGAAGCAAACUUCUUGGACCCCCACAUAAGAGGCGAACAACAAGAUGUUAGGAGACUGGACACCAUAUCAGAGGGCUUGAGUUACGAUGAUUUUGCCAGUGAUUGAAUCUGUUGAAAAGAACUAGAAAAUGAGGGAUAUAAGUUUAUGUAAAUACAUAUUCCAGAAUUAGAGAAGCUUGAUGAUUGCAGACUAAUUGAAGGUAUCAUUGGUUGCUAUUGUUAGGCUAUAAUCAUAGUCUUGACGCCGUUCUAGCAAUAGAAGGUUAGGAAACGCGACGGGCAGAAGCUUACGCAUCCCCCCAACUAUUUUACUUGCGCUUUGUUUCCAUUGCUAUCUGCUCUCUCGUCUCGUGUAUGUAAAUAGACAUCAGAAUCAUGUAAAAACUUCUAUCAACUGUAAUUAUUGUGCCGCUCACCUCGCAUGAGACUAUGAGAGAAAAAAAGAAAAGAAGAGAAAAAAAAGAAAAGAACAAA